AUGGACGCUGACAUUAUUGAGAUCAAACCAGCCACCAAAGAGGACUUGGUUGUCGUUUGGGACAUGAUCAAGGAGCUCGCCGUCUAUGAGAAGCUCAUCCAUAUGGUCGUUGGAUCAGUUGAACAACUGGAACAAUGGGCAUUUGGCGAAGAGAAGGUGAUCUAUGUGUUUGUUGGAUGGGUCAAUGGACAGGUUGCUGGAUACACUCUGCAUUAUCUCAACUUUAGCACAUUCUUGUGUCGCCCAGGACUGUACAUUGAGGACAUCUACAUCCGUCCUCAAUACAGAGCAAAGGGCUUUGGCAAGAAGAUGUUGCUGCAUCUCUGCAAGAUUGCUGCUGAUCGCGGAUAUGGACGUGUCGAGUGGCAGGUCCUCGAUUGGAACACACCCAGCAUCAACUUCUACGAGUCACUUGGCGCCAAGCCCAUGAAGGAAUGGAUCCAGUACCGUCUGGUUGGCGAUCAGAUCACCAAGCAUGCCGAGGACUUCACCAAGAUGAAGUGCUAA